GAAGGCAAGAAUAAGAAUAGGGAAGUUUAAAAGUUAGAGGUGGAGGUGGGCAAAGAAAGUAAUGUUUCGUGAUAAUUAAAUGAAAGGUGUAUGUAAUAAACAAUUGAACGACAUUCAAAGUCAAGAGAGCUGCCGUGCGGCAGUACGCCUAUAUCACAGUAAUGCGAUGGUGCAGCAUAGUGUUUACAUCUGGCUUCAGCAAUGACGGAAGUACCAUCAAACGAACGUGGUAAGGAACUGCCGCAGAAGAAAGCGGCCAUGUCAGACCUGCCACAGCACCACUAUCCCUCAGAAAUGAUGCCUAAAGGUCUUGCUAUCAAUGGGGUGGGUGGUAGACUUCGUCAGCUGGAAGCACUAUUUGUUGGUGGUCCGGUUCAAGGAGGACGUACCGGUCAUACUUUUUCUAUUGAAACUCUCAUCGAUGUUUUACUCGUCCUCUAUGAUGAAUGUUGUAACUCCUCUUUACGUAGAGAAAAAACUGUUUCUGAUUUCAUUGAAUUUGUGAAGCCAGUUGCUUCGUGUAUAAGGAGCCUGCAGUUAGCUAGAGAAGAUUUUGAAAUUGUCAAAGUGAUUGGACGAGGCGCAUUUGGAGAAGUUUGUGUGGUCAGGAUGAGGGGUUCAGAUAAAGUGUUUGCUAUGAAAAUAUUAAAUAAGUGGGAGAUGCUUAAACGAGCUGAAACAGCCUGCUUCAGAGAAGAACGUGAUGUAUUAGUAUACGGUGACCGCAGGUGGAUAACCAACCUUCACUAUGCCUUUCAAGAUGAUAACAACCUGUACCUUGUGAUGGAUUAUUAUUGUGGAGGUGAUUUGCUUACAUUAUUGAGUAAAUUUGAGGAUCGUCUACCUGAAGAUAUGGCGAGGUUUUACAUAGCAGAAAUGGUAUUGGCUAUUGGAUCGAUUCACGACCUGCGUUAUGUUCAUCGUGAUAUAAAACCAGAUAACGUUUUACUAGACGCAAACGGACACAUACGAUUAGCCGAUUUUGGUUCGUGUUUGAGACUCUUUGAAGAUGGAACCGUUCAAAGCAACGUUGCUGUUGGUACUCCGGAUUAUAUUUCACCUGAAAUUCUUAGGGCUAUGGAAGAUGGUCAAGGGAGGUACGGCCCCGAAUGUGAUUGGUGGUCAUUAGGAGUCUGUAUGUACGAAAUGUUGUAUGGAGAAACUCCUUUCUAUGCAGAAUCUUUGGUUGAAACUUAUGGAAAAAUCAUGAACCACAAGAAUUGUUUCGACUUCCCUAUAGAAGAUGCUUAUGAUGUCUCAGAGGAGGCAAAGGAUCUAAUGAGAAAACUAAUUUGCAGUUCAGAAUUCAGAUUAGGACAAAAUGGUAUCGAUGAUUUCAAGAAACACCCAUGGUUCAAAGGUGUAAAUUGGGAAGUUUUGAGGGACAAUACAGCACCUUACAUACCAGAAGUAUCUUCUCCGACUGAUACGUCUAAUUUUGAUGUUGAUGAUACGGAUGUCCGCAGUUCUGACGCAGUCCCUCCUGCUGCAAACUCAGCAUUUGCUGCUCUACAUUUACCUUUUGUAGGAUUCAGUUUCACGCAAGGAAGCCGAAUAUCAGAUCUUGGAUCCCUUCCUGCGAUAUCUCAGAAGGAUAAAAGUAUGAAAAUGUUGGAGGAAGAAAAUGCACAGUUAACCCUUACCAUAGCGGAUUUACGUAAUCAAGUUGGUGUUGGGCAUUUUUCCCCAACGACAUCCCCUGACUCGAACAAUGCUACUAGAAAACUACAGGAUGAAAUCAAUACUCUGACUAAAAGAAAUGGUGAACUCGAAACACAGCUGAAAUCGAUGGAGAUACCGAGAGAACUGUGUACCUUGGACAAUGUUGAGUCUACCAAGAUAAGAGAGCUUGAAAAACUCGUGCGUGCCUUACGUAUGGAAAAAGAAGAGGCUGUUAAAGAUAAGCAGGAUGCUCAAGAAAAGUUGAAACUUCAGGAUAAAGAACUGAAAGAUGCCCUCACGCAGCGCAAACUUGCAAUGACUGAGUACACAGAGGUGACGGAUAAAUUAUCUGAAUUGAGGCAACAAAAGCAAAAGUUGUCAAGACAAGUUAGAGAUAAGGAGGAAGAACUCGAAAAAGCUAUGCAAAAGGUUGAUAGCCUGCGACAUGAUAUAAGAAAGGCUGAAAAGUUACGCAGGGAAUUAGAAAAUAGAGUUGAGGAAGCAAUGGCUGAGACUAGCAAAGAGAGAACUUUGAGAGAGCGAAGUGAAGAGUAUUGUAAACAAAUGCAGGAAGAGACUGAAAAGAUACGUCAACGAUCCGUAGGAAAUGAUAGUAGCGCAAACCAGGCACUCGCGACUCAAGAGAUCCAUAGGCUGAAAGCAGAGGUAGAAAAACUUGAGGUGCAAUACAACGAAAAUCUAAAUCAACAACACAGCAAAUUUACCUUAGAUAUUCGAAGUCUUCAGGAUCAGUUGCAUGAAGCUGAGAACAGAAGGGAAAUAUUGGAACAUGAGGUGCAAUCUGCCAGGGAAAAACUAGAUGCGGCAAGAUUAGAGAAUAUUACUGAUAGCGAGGAAACGAUAAACGAAUUGAGUAGAAGAUAUGAAAGAGAAAAAAUGAUGCUAGUCGAAGAGAAUAAAAAGCUAAUGCUCGAUCUUGGAGCUGUCACGGACAGCGUGGGUAGACUUCAGGGUGAAAGAAGGCAGUUGGAAGAGGAAUAUGAAGAGUUGAGGAACAAAAAAGAGGCUAUCGCGCAGUGGGAGGCGCAAAUUACAGAGAUUAUUCAAUGGGUUUCAGACGAGAAGGAUGCUAGGGGAUACCUACAAGCCUUAGCAACAAAGAUGACUGAAGAAUUAGAGUUCCUGAAACACUCCGGCGGAGUUGGAGGAGUGGUUGGUGGCUCUACAAUGACGGAUAAGAACUGGAGAAAUCGCAGAUCUCAGAAACUAGACAAAAUGGAAUUGUUGAAUCUACAGAGUUCUCUUCAAAGUGAAAUCCAAGCCAAGCAAGCUAUAUCUGAAGAACUUACCAAAACACGUUCCGACCUUAUUGCUGCACAAAAAGAGUUGAGAGACUUCAGGCAACGGCUAGAAGUGAUGUCCCAUGAUGCAAAGCGAAAAGAAAUGCAGAUAAAGGAACUUCAAGCACGUCUGGAUACUGGUGAUGGUUUCUUAGAACGUCCCACCUCCCAAAUGUCGUACCUGGAACACUUCUUAAAGGAAACAGCAGGAAGCACACGCCACGGAAGCGUGGAUAGUGUUGAAGGUGACAUAGAAGACAAUCGUGCGCCCAGUCUUACCAGCAGCAAGAGUAAUUUGUCCGAACAAAGUAUUGAUCCUACGUCCCCAUUGUCUCACGAAUUAUUGAAUAAAUCAUCCGUCUCCCAUGGGCAGCUCAGCUUACAACCAAAACCCAAAUCUCAUCAGUUUCUAGUUCGUACUUUUUCUGCCCCAACAAAAUGUAAUCAUUGUACAUCCCUAAUGGUCGGUUUGACCAGGCAAGGCGUUGUUUGCGAAGUUUGUGGCUUUGCCUGUCACAUGUCCUGCUGCGAUAAAGUCCCCUCAAUCUGCCCUGUACCUCCUGACCAAACAAAGCGACCGCUGGGCAUUGAUCCAACCAGAGGAAUUGGAACAGCUUAUGAAGGAUAUGUUAAAGUGCCAAAGAUGGGUGGUGUGAAAAAAGGCUGGGUACGACAGUUUGUUGUAGUCUGUGACUUCAAAUUAUUUCUCUAUGAUAUUUCACCGGAUCGCAAUGCUUUGCCAUCUGUAUAUGUCUCCCAAGUGUUGGACAUGCGAGACGAGGAGUUCAGUGUCAGCUCUGUGCGUGAUUCUGAUGUGAUACAUGCAACAAAAAAAGACAUUCCAUGUAUAUUUAGAAUAACAACAUCUUUAAUGGAGCCACCAGGCCUGAGGAACAUCACAUUGAUGCUGGCUGAUACGGAGAGUGAAAAGACUAAAUGGGUCGUGGCAUUGAGUGAGCUUCAUCGGAUUUUGAAGCGCAACAACCUUCCAAAUACCACGAUAUUUCGAGUAAAGGAACUGCUAGAUAAUACACUGGCACUUAUCAAGAAUGUAAUGUCAGGUACAAUAAUUGAUCCUGACCGUCUAGUCAUUGGUACCGAGGAGGGCCUAUUUUGUUUAGAUUUAGAUCGUAGUGAAAUUGCACGAGUUGGAGAGGGAAAGAAAAUAUAUCUCUUAGAAUAUGUGACAGAGGAACAGUUGAUUGUGGUUCUUAGUGGGAAACAGCGGCAUGUAAGACUCGUACCUGUACGAGCUUUAGAUGGCGAUGAAGUCGAAUGGAUUAAAGUAGCAGAGACAAAGGGCUGCAUUACGUUGACUACUGGAAUUAUGCGCCGUAAUCCACUAACUUAUUGUUUAUGUGUGGCAAUUAAAAGACAGAACUCUUCUCAAGUGAUUAUUUACGAGAUCACUCGUACAAAAACACGGCAUAAACGGAUUCGCGAAGUGAUGCUACCCUGCCAUGCCCAAACGCUCCAAGUCUUAACUGAAGGACGUCUCUGCGUCGGUUAUCCCUCGGGAUUUUCUAUCUACAGCAUUCUUGGAGAUCAUCAUCCAAUUUCACUGGUCCACCCAGAGAACACUCUUUUGGGUUUUUUAACCUACAGCGCAGUGGAUGCGCUGCGUUGCAUAGAGCUUCCUCGUGGAGAAUUUUUACUGGUUUUUCACACGCUAGCUGUUUAUGUUGACAGUCAAGGAAGAAAGAGCCGCGAUCGUGAAAUUAUGUAUCCUGCCGUCCCCAUUGCAGUGAGCUACUGCGAAGGUUAUUUACUGGUAUAUAGUGAAACGCAUGUGGAUGCGUUUGACUGCACUACCGGAGAUUGGCUGCAGACUCUUAACGUUAAGAGAGCUCGACCGUUGAAUUCAUCAGGAUCAUUGAGCUCCUGUACCAUCAACGAUAUGCCACAUGUGAUCUAUUUGAGUAAUUUGCAUCAACGGGAAUUGUUAAAUCUAGCAACAGUAGAUGCUAGUGGCAGACAGAUGACGAGACCACGGAGAAGAUUUUCUCUUCGUGAAGGUAACAGAGCAGCUCGCCCUACCGAUCGACGUUCUAAAAUGAUAUCUGCUCCAACUAAUUUCAAUCACAUUAGCCACAUGGGACCAGGCAAUGGUAUACAGAUUCAAAGACUAUUAGACUUACCAACAACAUUGGAAACAGCUGAUCAACAGCAAUAUACCGGACCACCAUCAGGAACUCAUCUUCAUGGGAGCCAACAACGGUUAUAUGGUUCUGCAAUAUCUGCACCUAACAAACCAGCUCCGUUGCCACCAAGACAUCCGCCAUCUGACACACGACGUCUGAGUUCACAUAUGACCCGCAAUUCUGGAUAUUCACCACAUAAUGGUUCUACAUCUUCUCGGAGAGGUCCAGCUCCACCCAGGCCUACCGCAACUCCUCCGUCAUUGCCACGCACGCCUGUUGACCAAGUUGACUCCGAAUCAUUACAUUUACGAUCACAUACGCCUUUGUCACUUGGCAGUAUUGCAUCAUUGCAUGACAAGGAGCACACAUCUGGUGGAAGUCCGCGACAUUCUAUAGCCUCGAACAAUAGUUCAAAUCCAUCAACACCUCCUAGCCCUGCCCAUGACCAUGGAUCGUCGUCGUACGAUUCAUAGGCAUGUAUCUACCUAAGCGAAUUUUCAAUCUGCCACCGAAAGAAUAACCCAUAUGCCGAAGUUGUUGACCGUAACCAGGUAUGUUUAUACAUUUAACAUAGAGGUAGGGCAUUGAGGUAGGUUAUCGUUCGGUUAUGAAUUCGGGUAUUUGCAUUGCCAAUUUCAUUCUAUACUUAACGAGUUGUACAAGAUUCUGCAGCCACAAAAUUGUCCGAUCAGUUUAUGUGGCAUAAGCAACGUCGUAAUUUUAUUAAUAGGGUUCGAACAGAAUUCUUUGCAACGUGAAGAAAAUUGAGAAAAAAGUAUUAUUAAGGGCAGUCAAUUAAUAUGUAAUAUUAGAUGACCCAUUGCUAAUGGUAAUUGAUUUAAAAAAAAAACAAUGCUAUACAUAUUUGAAAUAUAUCUCGUGAGAUAUGUCAACGUGAGAUUCAUAUACAUAUAGAGCCCACAAGGGAGCAAUAACCCAUUGAUGUAAUAUUAAAAUGGAUUACAAAAAUUAACUAAAAUAAACUAAAGUAGAUAACAGUCAUUGAUUUAUACGAUUAGAGGUAAUGAGCAGUGAUAAAACCAAGUUACGUAAGUUCAUUUUAUUAGUGAAAAUGAGGAAAAAGAAGUAUAAAUUUAUUCAUAUACAUUUAUUCAGUGUGCGACAUUGGUAUUAUUAUAUCAUAAUUUAAUGUCAAGGCAUUGUAGAAUCUUAAGGUAACUUAUUUAUCAUCUUUUUUUAUAUUGGUAUACGCUGUUUUUAGAGGGUAGGGUGUCAUUAUUGAAUCAAAUUUCGAAUGGUUGUUGCCUGGAAUUUCUAAGCUACUGUAAUUCGAAAGUUGUCGUGAACCUAGUGCUACCAUAAGAUGGCCUUCCCGCGAUAUCUAAGAUUCGUAAAAGACUAAUCCAAUCAAAAAGUAUUACAAUUGGAAUAUGUUAAUUUUAUUUUGAAUUUGCAAUCAUAACAAUAAUCUGUAAAACAAUCAUAGAGUAUAUAAUUCAUUUAUUUAUUACAGUAUAGUGAAUUGACAGAUGGUUCUUAUUAACCGUCAUCACGGUCAUGAAUUUUUGUACUACUGAGUACUAUAUUUAUUUUAGUUUUACUUUUUGGCACAAACUAGAUUUUAAAACUUAUAAUUUCCUGAACACUGAAUUUUGGAAAUCUUAUUCCAAUACCUUAGGUAGAAAAGCUGCAUAAUUUAAUAAUAUUUUCGUUUCAUUGGCGAUCAGGUAAAAAAUAUGAUUGUACCGCAUAUGACUUACGUAUCAAUAUAUCUCAAAUUAAAUCCUAUUUGAAAUUCAUCGACUGUAUUCAUAGAAGAGAGAUAAAGGAAAGCGCACUUGAGAAUAAUGAAUUUGACUGAUAAUUUCUCCAAAUAGAAAGUGCAUUGAAUUUGGUAAACUUUUCUUUGGAGAACCCUCAUUGGGGGUGUAAAUUAGUAUUUCAAUAUCAUGACAAAAUUUUGGCUACAGAGCUUGUACAAAAUAACGGUUUGUGUCGUGACUAUAAAUUAUUGUACAUACAUAUAUACAUAUAUACAUAUAUUUCUUUCAUAUGUUUUCGAGUGUUGAACAAUUUGUUUUCCAAUAAUUGAAAAUCAAUCGCGUGAAUAUAUUUAAUCUUGUAUUGUCAACUGAACAAUCUAAUCAAUUCAACGACAUUGAAACAGUUUUUAGUUUUGUUUUUAAUUAUAUUAUACUCAGAAUCAUCAAGAAUCUCAGUCAAAUCACUUAGCAAUAAAUUGAGACUACGUAGUGAUAUCUACUUCAAAUUCUAGAUGUUGUAUCAAAUUUUGAAAAACUACAUCUCCAAUAAUUGAUACGCAGAACUUUAACAAAAUUCAUUAUUGAAAUAUAAAUGAAAUAACAGCGUGCAACGUACACGUGACACUUAUUAUUUAUUUGCUACUUCUAAUAAUCACUAAGAACUCGAAAUGAUAAUAAUUAAGUAUGGUGGCUUUCCUAGACUAAAAUGUGGAAUCUUCAUCAUUUAAUAAUACUAUGACCUAAGAGUAUCAGGGAGGAGUGCUAGAUGAGGAAUGAACCUAUAUUUCUUGGUUGAAAAAAAGACAAAAUAAUCUUACUGCCAAACAUUUUCCAAAGGUAUAUCAACCAUUUUUAUAAAUAUUCGACAUUUGUUACUCUUCUUAUGAAUGUACUUUUGUAUGUACGGUCAACCAUUCCAUCGCUUAUCUAGACAUUAAAUUAGAAGAUCCGUAAGUAGUCGAAUGCAAUCUGCAGGUUGCGAUAUCAAUGAAUUUUCGUCAUUUUUAUCAAUAAAUGUUGGUUCAACUCCUUGGUGCUGGAUACCAAAGAUUUUGGUCAGGAUACGACGUUAACCAAUGUUGAUAUAUGUAGAAUCAGUCGCUGAUUGGAAAUUAUUGUCAAUUAUUUUUCUGUCGGCAAAUCAGUUGAAAUACCGAACAAAUUAGUGUCAUCUGACUUUUUACCGACAAAAUUAUUCUGAAUUGCAGAUGAUUUCACUUAUCAGUGUUUAAUUGCUGAUUUGUCAGUUUUACAUUAGCUGCGCGAUUAGACUUCUAUUCCCGUGCACUCUUUCCAUACGAUACAUUUACAAAAAAAAAUUCAAGUUGCAGUUCAGUUUUCAUUUCCUUAUGGAUUUUCAUCGCAAAUGAAAGUGUUGUGUAUACUUUUUUCAGUUACUUUUACAACUGCUCGGUUUUUAUUAGUACCACUAAUCCUUUCAUUUCUCAAGAUUAACUUUCUGAGUUUCAUUACAAUUUGGCUGAUAAAUACAAAAAUUUUCGCAGAAACGCAUUGAUUCAUAAUAGUCAAUUUAAAUUAGGGACUAUCGAUUGUUAGUCAUUAUUCAGUAGCGUACUGAUUUCUAGGCUGCGAUGCAACCGAAUCUAUCAUACACAAUCGAAUCCAUAUAGAUUCCAUUUUACGAAACUUUAAUAACAGUUGCUACAAGCAUAGCUACAAGGGAUUAUUAUCUGUUCAAACACAACGCGUUCAGAGCCGAAAUUUCGAAGUUUAGUAAGGGGUGUGCAAUAUUUCAAUUCUAGAAGCAUCGUGGUCCUUGACUUUAUGAAAAUUAAUGUCUUAAAAUUAUGUAUCUAUACCAGAUGACGAAAGUACGAAGAAAUUUCAGUAGUCCAAAGUGUUAGGUCAGAGAAAAAUUUUUUGGCCGUAGUAUAGUCACCUACGUAAAUGACAAAAGAACUGGUUAAUUAUUUACAAUACUCGUACUCACUCAAGUUUGAGUUCAACUUAGAUUCACAAUAGAAUUGAAAUAUUUAUCGAUAUGCACACUCCUGUCACCUCAUAAUUAACAAAAAAAUCUCUUCCUUGGCGUAUAGGGGUUUUUCUGCAAAUGUUAUGUUUUAAUUGUAUAUGUAUAAGCUCGACAUACUUAUAUUUCGUUUCAAAUAUUAUUUUAUACUCUCAUCUACAUGAAUUCGCAAUCUGAAGUGAAAUGAAAUUUAAAAACAACAGCAUAAUUUAUCGUUUAAACAAAAGAAAUAAAUAAUAGUUGCAACAUCAUGUUGUGUAUAACUGCAUAGGGAGCUAGAAAAGUCAAAGGUGACUAUUAUAAGUAAGCGUAGCAUUGCUUGCUAUUAUUCCCCUAUACAGCGUUCAAAUAAAUUCAUAUGGUAUAAUAACGUUAUUAUAGUAGAUAAAUAUAUAAAUUAUAAAUAAAUAUAUACUAAAUUAUAUUAGAUUUAACACUCUUAUAUUUAGGUAAUACACAGUGAGGCCGUUGAUGAUUGAGAAAUGUAACAUUGAAUAGCUAAACAUAAUACGAAUACUGCUAUUUCUAACACUGAGGUAAUAUCAAUAAACAUAAUUCAAUUAUAAUUUCACUCGAGACUACACGGUUAGGUCAAUCUAAGAAAAAUACAAUGAUUACUUUUUCGCUGUACUUGCCCAGAGAUUUUACACUCCAAAUUUUUCUAUUCUUAGUUUGUCAUUUUUCCGUUGAAUCUUAGAGUCAAAAAUAUUCUUUAUUAAGUUGUGGUGUGUCUUCUUCAUUUGAAUAUUAUUCGAUUGCUCUCAUAUCCUAUCGACUGGCAAACGUUGACAAAUAUUUAGCAAGCAAUUCUUUUUCCUUUCCUUGAUUGAUACCGCCAUUAUGCGAUCACAGAUUUGCUUGACUAUUUCUAAAGUUAAUCCCAUUCUUUUAGUACCUACAUGAUAACGUUAUAGUCUCUUAUUAAUCAAUGUAUCUUGUUACAAGGAUUUUUUUUCGAUAUCAAUAUACCCAAAGCAGGUUGUAGAUAAGCAAGUAAUCAGUAUAAUUUAAGGUUUUGCUACACGAGAUUAAUUUAAUUGAACGCAACGUAACAUGAUGCACUGACGAUUGCAUUGAUCGAUACCUGUUUGACAGUAAUAGAAAACAUUGAACUAAAAUAGGUUUAAUUAAAUUUUCUGUGGAUUUAUAUAAAAUAUAUUCAAGUUUAGUCGCCUAUUAAUCAUCAUAUUUAUAACAUUUCUGCAUUGUUUAAAAUAUUUAUUAAAAAUAAUCUAUGAAUAUUUCACAAAUAAUAACGAUUAUGAUUAUUACUUAUUAGCCAAGCAAUGUAUUUUCUUGUACAUUACCAAGGAACGAGCGGUUUCUACAUGGUAUUAAAUUGAUUAUAACAA